AUGGCCAGAGCCAAGGCAACACACUUGGAAGUGACCACAUCCUUUUUGUCACCAUGUACCUCUUGCCGUCGCCGUCUCAUUCGUGAUUUCAAGCACCUCUCCUCUGACCCUCCGGCCGGAAUCAGCGGAGCGCCUUGCCCAGAGAACAUUAUGGUCUGGAAUGCGGUCAUUUUUGGACCAGCUGAUACUCCUUUCGAGGAUGGGACGUUCAAGCUGGUCCUCACAUUCGAGGAAAGCUACCCCAACAAGCCCCCGCACGUCAAGUUCCUUUCGCGAAUGUUCCAUCCCAAUGUAUACGCUACUGGAGAAUUGUGUUUGGAUAUUCUCCAGAAUAGAUGGAGUCCGACUUACGAUGUCAGCGCAAUCCUGACGAGCAUCCAGAGCUUGUUACACGACCCUAAUCCAAACAGCCCCGCCAAUGCUGAGGCAGCAGCUCUCUACCGAGACAACAUGAAGGAGUAUGUGCGUCGCGUCAAGGUUACGGUCGAGGAAAGUUGGAUGGAUCCUCCGGAGGAACCAGCAACUACUGGGAGCAGUCGAACUCGAGAGGCUAGCGCGAACGCGAAUGCAAUGGUAGCCGCUUGA